UCACCACCAACAUGGCUGACAGUUGUUUGCUAUCAGUAACUCAACCGCUAUAUUUGGUUAAGAAAGCUCAUGCUUCUAUUGCCAGAUUGACAUCUAAAGGCAUUAAUGCUUCAAAUUUAAAGACGCUCUACCAUCUUUACUCGCUUGAUACCAUAAUUAUACCCCUUUUGCAAUAAUUGUUUAUCUUUCAAAAUCGACGAAAGACGUAUAUUUAAGCUUUCUUCUACCGAAAGUAAAUGCUUCGUUUCGUUAUUGAGCUUAUCCAGAGAGUAGCGUAAUUACCAAUGGUCUUAGGAACGCAUAAACUCAUCACUCGGUCCUAUCUGCAUUUGUUUAUUUCUAGACGAUGUCAAAAUUUGCAUACAAAUCGAAAAAAAAAAAAUCAAACAGUUGAAGAGCUGUUUUUGAAUGAGCCCUGCCUUACAUUUUCCCUACCUUUCAGUGAACACUCAAAAGCAAACAGUUUGUAAACUAUGUAGGUUUGUCUCUACACAUAUAAUCAAAAUCACCUUUUGUUAAGAUAGGAUAGUAAAUUACAGUCUAACAACUUCAUUUUCUUGCAAUUUUAUGUUAUUCUUACGUUUGUUGCUACGACUGAAAGGUAUGUCAUUUUAGCUUUUACAGCUGCUUCACUGAGUUAGAAGUUUUUGAUUUUGCAUGUUCAAUGAUGCUCCCUUAAAAGUAGGCCAACUAGUCAACCAGGCGCGUUGGAAAUUCUAUCAAACUUUCAUUGAACUCCAGCUUACGAGUAUAAUUUAUUUGUCAAUGUUUGAUUCUCAUGGGAAUAUUAUUGCAAAUAUCUCCAAAAAUAAAUGAUAUCAUAUUGAAAUUCGUCUAAGACGAUUUGCGUCUUUUCAAAACACAGUUGCUGUCCAAAAGUAAACACUGAUGAGAAACCUUGCACCAGCAGGUAGAAAUUGUUAGUCAAUUUCCACCAACCGAAUUCCUACGAAUUUUCAACUGUUGACAUAUCCUUGCAAGACUUAAUUAUUGGAAAAUGGAAUUGAAGGACAUGCCUCACAUCUUACAGCUGUACUCAGGGAAUGAACGAAUGUUGAAACACAUUUGGUGUUUGGUAAAACGCAGACACCAAGUUUUGAAGACUGGCUUCAUACUAACGACAAUUGUGCUAACAUCUUUUAGUCGCAUUGUAUUAUUUAAUUUCUUAAUGGACCACCAUAAUCAAAACUUACGUCUCUUCAUCGUAUUUGAUACAAUUAUAAUGUUGGUACUUUGCUUUUUAUAUCUUUGUUUCCUUUCGCUGUUCAACCGAACGUUCUUGAUUGACUAUGAUAGCUUGCCUAAUCUAUCAGAUCAGACUAGUUAAAGGCAUUAAUGAUAUAGCAAAUUCAUACCUAGUCAUGUUCAAGACGAGUAUUUACGUAGAACCCUCUGUCAACGAGUUUCUAUCACAUUAGUUGAAAGCAAAUCAGGGAUUUGUAUGAUUGCUCGCCAAGCCGAUGAUCCCCAACUUCAUCCUUGAUUGUCAAGAUGCAUAAAAAGACAUAGACCAUUUGUGCUUUCGUUCAACAUUUCACUGUUUUCCGAUGCUGAGAGAGAUUGACUGGAGUGGUAACAGCUUUUUUCUUCAAUGGCUUGAUAUGAAUAAAAAUACUCUGUUUAUCCCUUCGCUAUAAACCAGAAAUCAUGCAUUAAUUCCUAAUGAACGCUCGAAUAGUGCUCCUUCCUCUACUCUGUUGGCGUUGGAAUUCUAAAUAAAUGAAUAACAUAAACACUGAUACAAAUAGAAAAGACACUCAAUAAAGUCCAUAAAAGAUUUGUUCCUUCUGUGA